GCGGCGAAACGUUGGCAGCCCCUUCGAUUUAUAUUUUCAACGGCUUAAAUGUAAACAAUAACAAACCACAAUUUAAAUUUUGCAACUUUUGUUUUGUGUAGAAUAAACUGCAUAAUGUCUAUUUUGAAAGACAACGAUCAAAUUUAUAUUGGAAAGUUUGAUGAAAUUGAAGAAAACCAGUUCAUAUUAGUUGUUACGAAUUCGCAGGAGUUUUUCAGUGAGAAAAUAUCAUUAGAGACAUUGAGUCAUCGAAUAGAAGAAUGUAAUGAUUCAAUCAGAUAUAAAAUCAAUAAAGUAUUAAAAACAUUAAAAAAUGAACAUCCGGAAUGUUGUCAAAUAGAAAAGUCAAGAAAUUCAUUACGAAUUGAUUUGAAAUUCAAUGUCAAUUCCCGUCCACUUCGAAUUCAUUUCCUAGUUUCAAAAUGUAAUGAAAAUGAAAUUGGAUCGUUGUUCUUCACUGGAUUAUUUAAAUGUACGAUUGAAAAUACCCUACUCAUCAAUAAAAUGCGUAAAGUUAUUGAAGCAAAGGAUGAAGAAAUUAAUGAUUACAAACAAAAUGGAGCUACUUUAAUAAGAGAAGCGCUUGCCACAAAAAAAUUUAAUUUUACUGAUGAAAGAUAUGAAGUGGAAUCACCAGAAGGCCAAUUCACAUUUAAUCCUGAUCCAAUUAUUACUGACACUAACAUACCAGAUAUUUGCAAGAUGAUAAAUUGUAGAAACGUAUUGGAGCAAUCAAAAGAUAAAACUUGCAACGAAUUGGCACAACAAAACACACGAAAUAGCAUAAAAGUUAAACAGAGAUCAUCGCGAGCAAUCAUUGCUGCCAAAGUUGUAGAUAAAAAGUUUGAAUAUAUCAAUAGUGGAGAUGAAGAAGAUCACAAAACAAAUUCUCACUCUUCAUCCAAUUCAUCACGAACAAAACGCUCUGGAAAUUCAUUAGAUCCGAUCAAAGAAACAAAAAACAAAAAGAAACCGAAAUUCAGCUUUUAAGUUUUGCUUAAUUCAAUAUUAUUAUAAUUCUUAGAAAUUUCAAAUUGUUCUAUUUAAAAAAAAUUCAUAAAAACUUUGCAAUAAACACAAUUUUUAUAACUGACAAAUUGUUAAUCAAAUUAAGGUUGAUGGUUCGACUUUAAGGGUCGACAAAAAAAUAUUUUUGGAGAGUUUUGGAGACUUUUUUAAAUCUUCUAAGAAUACUUACAGAAUAUUCCAUGUUUAAAAAAACUUUGAUAACCUUUUCUUAAAACUACCUUUACAUAACUAGUUUAUGAAAAACCUUAAAACUUUUCAAAAUAUCUAACAAAAACGAUGACAAAAAAGAAAACGAACAAUAAAAACUUAACUAUUGGUCAAUAUGUGUUUGCAAAACUUAAAGGUUAUCCAUUUUGGCCAGCUCAGAUUAUUGAAAUACCAGCUUCAGGUUAUUUCACAGUAAAGUUUUUCUAUGCUGAAGAUCAUGCUAAAGUUGGAAAAAAUUACGUAGUUGAGUACAAUGAAAAAAGUAAAAACAAAAUCCUUACUGAAAAACAAAUGAAAAAUCCAAGUUAUUUUAAAUCUGUUGAAGUGAUUGAGCUUAAAAUAAAGCAGGCUUUAAACAGAGUCAAUCAACAGCGAUUUGUAACUUGGAACGAAGAUAAUGCAGUAUCAGGAAGAAAAAAAUUUGAAAAACCCGAACCGGUGACAUUACCCAUAAUACAAUUUGAGUCAGUGGUUGAAAAUUUCGCUAGUACAAAUGAUGAAUUACCUUCAGAACAAUAUCAUACAGACAUUGAUGUUGUGGAAUAUGAUACGAACACUGAUAUUUUGGAAGUUCAAGAAGCAUAUUUUACAGAGACUCAAUUCAAAUCAUAUUGGUAUGCAUUACCUGAAGACAUGCAGUUCAGUUAUUAUAUCCAAAAGAAAAUGAUACGCGAAAUUGAAGAAAUUCGAAGAAAUCUCAGAAUUGAAAAGUUCAACAUGAGAAAAGCUUUGAAAUUAUUGAAAGAGUUUCAACUCUACAAUAUGCCUGGUAUUUCUCCUUUUAUGUUGUUGAAGUAUCCCAUUGUUGUUGAGAGCAUUUAUCGUAUUCAAUUUUAUCACUAUCAAAUACAAAAUAUGAAAGAAAAAGAAAAACUAACGAAAAUAAAUUCUGAAAUCAGAUCGGUGGCUUCGGAAAUUUUCAAGGAAUUUAUGCAAUGGUUCAAUUUUUCUCGUAAAACAUUUAUGGAUAAUUUCCGGAAAGAAGCUGAAGAAGUCAAGGAAAAAUGUCAACACCUCGAUACUACUGAAUUGUUUUCCGCGUUAUCAAUAACAAAUGUACAGCCAUAAAAAGACUUCAAUCAGAAGAAAGCAAGAAAUGAACAUCAUUGAAUAAUAUUCAUAACCGCAACAAUCUUCAAAAGCUACUGAAAAUUUCCAAAUAUACCUAUUUCUAAAGAUCUAAAAUGUUUAAAAAACCUUUAUCUUUAAAAAUAUUAAUUAAAUAAAUGUAACGGUUAAAUUCAAAUUCCGAC